UUGACCGCUGUGUGUUGUGUUGAGGUACGGUGCACUCUCCGCUGUGCUGCUGCUGCAGGGGGAGCGUCUGUCUACAGCCUGCAGUGCUGCGAUGUGAGCCCGCCUUAUUUGUCUCCUGGGUGCUCAAUUUUUGCAUUUGCAAGACCACGGAGGAACACAUUCAUGGGAAGGAGCGACAUCCGUGCAGACGGAAAGUGUAACAAACACAGGACGUCUUUGAACUGAGAUGGGGAAGGUGCUUACUCAUUUCUGUGACUAUCUACAUGGUUUCUGGAGAUGCAGGUGCCUGCAGAGAUUGUCCUUUCACUGACUGGAUAGAAGCAGUUGGGUUUCAGGAUGCGCUCCCUGAGAAAGACGGUGUUGCUCGCCAUCCUGGUGUCUGUCGUGUUGGUGCUGGCCCUCCUCCAUUCGUGGCCCACUCGGGCUUACACCACAGUAGAUGUGUGGCAACGAACUGGGUCAGUUUUAGAGAGGCAUCUGGAGGAGAGGCUCCCAGAUCCAGAUCACGGAUUAGGCAAUAUCCCCUUUCACUUGAGGGACAGUGUGGCAAGCUUGUUGGCACGUAACGGAUGCAUAUGUGAGGGUGAGAGUGGAGGAGUAAACUUGCCCUUCGCCCAACUCUUGUUCCCGCGGGUGUCAGCUCACCCGCUGCACACCGCCUUUGGGGCUUCUGAGCUGGAGGAAAUGAAGCGGAGACGCGCCAAAGAGUACAAGAGUUUCCAGAAGAGGUCACAGACAUCUGCAGAUGUUCUCAUUAUUGCAGAGGCUAACAAUCCCUUACAGUAUCCAACACAGGGGGUGGAGCUACGACCCCUGAGAACAAUCAUCAUCCCAGGCUUGGCCUUACACGACCUUCCCAGAGACCACUACUCAAUAAACAUCACUGCCACGCUGGGAAUGCUGAAUGUGGCAGCGGAGGUGGACGGGGUGAAAAUUAAAGGUGAUGGCGAGAUGCACAUGACUUUGUCAAGCAGCCUCCUGCCGAACCUGAACCGACAGCUGCAGUUUGUCACCUACACAAACACACUGUUCCACCCCAGCACAGCAGACACAGUUCAGUUUGAGACGGAGGGACAUCAAGCCAGCUUCAGUAUCAAGAUUCAUCACGGUGUCACACCCAAACUAUAUAACACAGGAUCCAAAGGAGAGUACAACGUCAGUGCCCUUGUUACCAUAGCUACGAAGACGUUCUUGCGUUAUGAAAAGCUUCAAGAUCUUAUCGACAGCGUGAGGAGAUACUAUCCUACCGUCACCAUAGUAAUCGCAGAUGACAGCCAAAUUCCCAAAACCAUCUCUGGGCCUCACAUCGAACAUUACAUCAUGCCUUUUGGAAAGGGUUGGUUUGCUGGACGAAAUCUGGCCGUCUCUCAGGUGACCACUAAGUACGUGCUGUGGGUGGAUGACGACUUCAUCUUCACGGCCAAUACCAAGCUGGAGAAACUGGUGGAUGUUUUAGAGAGAACCACUCUGGAUCUGGUGGGCGGGGCAGUGCGGGAGGCCACAGGUUACACUUCCACCUACAGACAGACCAUCUCCAUUGAGUCGGGGGAAGAGGAUGGUGACUGUUUACACAUGAGGAGAGGAUUUCAUCACGUCAUCCAAGGGUUCCCCAACUGUGUUGUGACUGACGGGGUCAUUAACUUCUUCCUGGCUCGCACCGACAAAGUGCAGCAGGUCGGCUUUGACCCGCGCCUCGCCAGGGUAGCUCACCUAGAGUUUUUCAUCGAUGGCCUGGGAUCUCUCCAUGUGGGCUCUUGUGACGACGUCAUUGUCAAUCAUGCGACUAAAAUCAAACUCCCCUGGGUCAGCCAAUCAGAGAGCGACAAGACUUACGCCAAGUUUCGUUACCCGCCGGCCUCCUCUGACGCCACACACACGAAAAACGGCCUCCUGUUCUUCAAGAACCGAUUUCAGUGUUUGACUCAUAAUUAGUUCCUGUCUUCUGCUCUUCCUGAGUUGCCAAAGAAGUUCUCCUCCACCGCCUCGCCAUGUCAGAUAAGAUUUCAGACACACUUUGGUUUACCUAUUCUUUGAAACCGUCACGGGAUGCUUCAGGCUUCAACGUGAGAGAAAUACGCCAUUAGAGCAUUUUUAGCAGUUUAUUUAUUUAGUUUGUUCUGUCAGUGCUAAAAUCUCCUUAUUCACAGUAAAUAUCCAAAAUGCAGUUAUAAAAGGCUCUGAAGAGAGAGUAGAGCAUCAUAAUAACAAACAUGUCAUCUUGUUUACACAGACCCAGUUAAAUCACAGCAUCAUCUUAUCUGGCAACACAUCCUGGAGUUGUUCUAACGCAGAGACCGAGCUUUGAGAAAACCCGACAGGUAGCAUCUUUACAGUCUGAGUCACUUCAUUGUCAUUGUAGGCUAAUGUGAGCAGUGAUAUGUGCUCCUUCAAUUGGCACUAUAAGGAAAAAGCUAUAGUGAUGCCUGAGGACAAAGGAACACUUCCCAGAGAGUGACAAUCCUGUAGACACAGCGCAUACUGUUAGGUAUCCUUUUCACCAACGCCACAUGAAGAACGCAUACAGAACUCUCCACCUGUGGUACCUGCGCUCUGUGACUGACUGGUUGUGCCAAAUGUUUGGCUGCUGGCUUAUGGGUGUGUUUAUCUCUUUGUGUUAUAGUUUUGCUACCCCCCCUUUACCCAGAAUCCUACGUGUCAUUUGUGAGCGAUUAAUCCCAUCUGAGGAGGAGAAACUUUCACCUCUGGUGUUACCUGAUCUGGGAGCCUUGUUUUUUUUGUUUUUUGUUGUCUCCUGCUGUCUGUCGCUCUCAACAAACACCUAAAGCGCUUCUGUCCGGUGCACGCUGAUGAACAAGAGAGAAAGGGAUUGCAUCUUUACAUGCUGCCUAAAAAGAAACAGGGGAAUGAACCAAAGUGCUUGUUUUCUUUCUUCCUCAUUUUAAUUGACGAAAAGAGAAGGAAAAAAAUCACAUUGAGACAGAAUUGAUGAGAUAAAUGAACAUCUUGAAACACAGAAUGAGUAGUCAGAGCAUGAGAGUGAGACAAAGAGAUGGUGAAGCUUAGAAAUCCUGUUUUUAUACUGAGAGUUACUGUAUGUCACACUGACACUCAUGCCCGAAGUGAUGUUGUUUUAUACCAUGGCCUUUAGAUGGUGCCCUUGUAUCACCUUAUUGUUUAAUAAGUCAAAUUCGUUUUUAACAGUUAUAUAUUAUUAGCAAAUAUGUGCAAGAGAUUUAUUUAGUGUUAUGUUUUUUAUCUGAUCGGAGAAGAAUAUUUUAAAACAAUUUUGUGUGCUAUUUCUAUUAUUUAUGAUUUUUUUCUUUUUGUUCAUCAAUAAGUGACGUUAGCUCGGUCUGAAUGAAACUUCAUCAGUGACUGCAUUAUAAAAGGCUUUUGUGUAAUUGUAUGUUCAUAAAUUUGUCUCAUGUUAGGAUCUGUAACUGUCGACAGAUCUAUAGUUGGGCUGAAAACCUUUUAUUUAUUUUUAAACAGUGAUAUUUAUUGUGUUAACGCAGCAAUUUUAUUUGCCUGCUUCACCUAAAAACUACAGGCGUGAGUCUUCUGGUCACGGCAUAAUGAGCAUUUUUUAUUAAUUUAUUUAAAAUGUUGACAUAUUAAAAUGUCUGUGGAAACAUC